AACUGACGGCCAUCCUCGGAGAUGCAGCCGAGAGACUCAAAAACUGAAAAAGUGCAGCAGUGAAAUGAAAGAAAGUGGCAAGUUAAAUUUUGAAAUCGUUUAAAUUUGAUUUCAAAGCACUAAAAUACAUUAAUUUGUAAAAAUUGUUCAAAGUGACGAUGCCCCCGAUGGCCUGGUAACUGACGUAGUACGAUUCGGUUCAAACCCGUCUUGAAAAAGUGCUCCAUUGGAAUCUGUUGGAAAAGUGCAUUUCGAUUGGUGGAGGAGACAGAGCUGCUGCAGUCCGUCGUCCGUGAUUGUCAGAAUGACGAGCAUGGAGCACGAAGCGAUUAAAUUCACUGGCCCGACGACGGCGACCUCGCAGGAUCUGGAUCUGGAGGAGGGUGAGGUAACAGACGACAGCGAGGACGGUUAUAUCCCAUUGCAGAGACCGGAGUUGACCAAGACGGAAUUUGCCGGAGGAGCCAGCGUCAGCCAACCGCGAACUACGCCACUGGAUAACCUUUCAGACCAGGACGAUCUGAACGAGUCGGAGGCCACUUCGGACGACAGCGACGAAGAUGGUGCGAGCUUUGGAAAACGGAUGAGGGGAAACAAUGACAAGAAGCUCCGGAUAAAACCACCACUGGAAAAGAUCCCCCAACCGCAGACCAGCCAUUCUUCGCUACCGAACAAGUAUAACAUCUGGACGGAGAGUCUUCAGGAGGACACACUGAUGGAAACAAUGCGAGGAUGUGACGUGACUUUGAACGGCAUGCGGAAUCGAGAUGUAGAAUCGUAUGAUUACAAUCUGAAGUACAGGAUGAACGGAGGCAACGCAUUCCAGAGGGUUUUAAAACGACGACAGUCUAAUUCGGACGACUCCGAUGGGUACGGAGGAGGCAAACGGUUUCGAUCGAUGUCAUUUGGAGGCAAUGGAGGCAGAGACAGAGAAAAGAAGAGCGUUAAACUGAGACUCGGCAAGCGAAACAGUAGCGAUAGUAACAGUAACGACAGCUUCCAGAGUGCAGCAAGAUUUGCUUCCAGGCACAUCGUAGAUCUGAACGUGCCAGUAGACUGUCCAAAUGAAACGUUCGCAACCGAACUGGCCAACAAAUUGUGCGAGGAAAAGGAUGAACUGAUGUUACGUGUAGUGAAUGUUCUUGGAAAAGAUAUCCCAGCAAAGUUGUUCAAAGAAACGCAGAAAAUCGAAGCCGAUGGUGGCAUGCUGAUUAUGAACGGUGCCCGUCGUCGGACACCGGGGGGUGUGUUCCUGUUUCUGCUCAAGCACAACGAAGAAAUCGACAAGGACGACAAAAAGGCUAUCUUCCUUGAGGAGAAAAAGACAGCCGUUAAGGAGCGCAAAAUUUCACAGGCCGUCAAUCGCGAGAAGAAGGUCGAAGAACUGAAGAAGACCCUCAAUAGACAGGCGGCCGAGAACGAACUGCCAACCCGUAGCGAUCUGCUGCUUUCACAUCUCAAAGCCGAAACUCACAGCACAUUGUCAAAUCCCCCACCAUCCCCGGUAGGUGAUGACCAUCGGGAAGGAAGUCCUGAUUUCGAACCACAAAAUGUUCAUGUGAAUGUCACAAGUCCAGAAAAAGCUCUCGUGGAUUCCAAGGAUGAACUCCUCGAGGCGGAAUCGGAAAAUUUGGCACUACAACCGCCGGCCCAGGAGCCUCCGGAGUUGCAGAGUUAUGACGAUGAUUAUCUCGAAAUGACGUGUGACGAUAUGGACUUGUUCUAGCGUCCCACCACGCACUGAAUGGAUGACGAGAAUUGCGCCAUGCUGGGUCAUGGCAUUAUUUGGAGGGAGUGAAUAAUACUGCGGAGGAACACUAAAUUUACUAUGUACAGUCAUUUUUUUUUUGUUUUGGCUAACAGCAACAGAAUUGUUGAUUAGAUUUUUGAUGCAUCUUCAAGCGGCAAGAACGAGUCAUGGACGAGUGCGCGGUGUGGACAUUUACGGAAUGUCAUCACACUACACUUAGAACUAUAAGACACAAUGUUUAAUACAAUGAACACAACAAUGUGUAGCUUUUAGGAAAUAUAUUUUGUAAAACCA